ACCAAGCAAGCAAGCUUUUCCACGUUACACCAAUAAAUACAUUCGUCAUUGAUUCGUUUCUCACAAAUACGAUCCGGAUACCUUCUUCCCCUCAUUUCUUUCUCUAUUUAUCUCAUCCCAUAAGUUAAGAAGACAACAAAUCCCUACACACAGAAGAGAGAGUUGAGGCAGAGUAUAUUACAAUGGCAAGAAAGAUGCUUAUUGAUGGAGAGUUGGACAAAACCAGUGAGGUGGAGUCUCACUAUGACUUCGAUUUGUUUGUUAUCGGGGCAGGCAGUGGUGGGGUCCGCGCAUCGCGGUUUUCAGCCCAGAAUGGAGCUAAGGUUGGUAUCUGUGAGCUUCCAUUUCAUCCUAUCAGCUCUGAAGUUAUUGGAGGAGUUGGCGGAACGUGUGUGAUUCGUGGUUGUGUUCCUAAAAAGAUUUUGGUAUAUGGCGCUUCGUUUGGGCCUGAACUGGAGGAUGCAAGGAACUAUGGGUGGGAUGUGAAUGAGAGAAUUGAUUUCAAUUGGAAGAAACUUUUACAAAAGAAGACUAAAGAAAUACAUAGACUAAAUGGAAUCUACAAGCGGUUACUUUCCGGUGCUGGAGUUAAGCUAUUUGAAGGAGAGGGAAGAGUUAUUGGCCCUAAUGAGGUUGAAGUUAUUCAGUUGGAUGGAACAAAAAUUAGUUAUUCAGCAAAAUAUAUUCUGAUUGCAACUGGAAGCCGGGCUCAGCGUCCACCUAUUCCAGGCCAGGAAUUAGGCAUCACAUCAGACGAGGCAUUGAGCUUGGAGGAGCUACCUAAGCAUGCUGUCAUACUUGGUGGAGGAUAUAUUGCUGUUGAGUUCGCCUCAAUAUGGCGAGGAAUGGGUGCGAAAGUGGAUUUGUUCUACAGAAAGGAACUUCCUUUAAGAGGAUUUGAUAAUGAGAUGAGAGAGGUAGUUGCAAAAAAUCUGGAAGGCAGGGGUGUUAACCUUCAUCCUGGGACAAGUUUAUCAGAGCUAGCUAAAACAGAAGGCGGUAUAAAAGUUCGCACUGACCAUGGUGAAGAAAUUGUGGCUGAUGUUGUGCUCUUUGCCACUGGUAGGGCUCCUAACUCAAAAAGGUUGAAUCUGGAAGCAGUAGGUGUUGAACUUGAUAAGGCUGGAGCUAUAAAGGUUAAUCAAUACUCUCAGACCAACGUACCUAGCAUAUGGGCAAUAGGUGAUGUUACAAAUCGAAUGAAUCUUACUCCGGUAGCUUUAAUGGAAGGCACCUACUUUGCAAACACUGUAUUUGGUGGAAAGCCAAUGACACCUGAUUACAGCAAUAUUGCCUGUGCCGUGUUCUGCAUACCACCACUCUCUGUAGUUGGUCUCAGCGAGCAAGAGGCUGUAGAAAAAGCAAAUGGCGACAUUUUGAUUUUCACAUCUACGUUCAAUCCCAUGAAGAACACCAUUUCCGGACGUCAAGAGAAAACUAUGAUGAAACUUAUCGUGGAUGCUGAGACAGAUAAAGUCCUCGGAGCAUCCAUGUGUGGGCCAGACGCAGCUGAGAUCAUGCAGGGCAUUGCCAUUGCUCUCAAAUGUGGAGCUACCAAAGCACAAUUUGACAGUACUGUUGGGAUUCACCCUUCUGCUGCUGAGGAAUUUGUGACAAUGAGGUCAGUGACGAGGCGGGUCUCGGGUGGCAAACCUCGGACCAACCUGUGAGAGUUGAUCUCACAUGAUUGAUUAUAUCUGGUAUUCGGACACAAUAUUAUAGCGAUAAAUCAUACAAGUGGGAGAUGUUUUAUAUGCGAUAGAUUUGUUGGAUUUACUUUGGAUUUUAGCAAAAAUGAUACAGCUGCAAAUGUUGAAUAAAGCUUGUUUCAUAGCUAGUAAAUGUUCCUAUGUUUGAUAUUCCCUUAUUUUGCUAUACAACUUUUAUCAGGAGUAUGAAUGGUUGUAACUUGUAGUAAUAAACUAGAGUUUUGAUUAAUUUAAGGAUAUGUAUCAUAUGACAA